UGGGUCUUAUUACCGGCAGAAUGCGGUCAAUGUUUGUGUCGACUUUCACACAAUCCCCAAAUCUAUCUCUCUAAAGUUGAUAAAAGAAGGGAAAUCCAUCAUAGUAGUGUUCCCACUAUAUAUACACCUAGCCUAAUAAAUUCACUACUCUCUUAAUUCCCCUUUUCUUGCUUUUAUCUCUACCUGAUUAAUGAAAUGGAAAGCUACAAAGAGAUAAAAAUUGAAGAUCAUCCAAUGUAUUACCUUGAUAAUAAUUUUGCAGUCACUAAUAGCCAUUCAUUUACAGGCCUAAUCUCAGAUUAUUAUGGUGUUGAAGGUAGGAAUAUUAUGAAUACAUCGUCUUCUUUGGGGUUCAUGGAGUUAUUGGGUUUUCAAGAUUUGAUGUGUUCAUCAUCAGCUUCAUUCUUUGAGUUACCAAAAGAAGAAAACUCCUGUCCUGCAGUUUGUGUAUCUGAAGAAGUGAAGCCAACUGCAGGUGAAAGCCAAAAUAAGCUUAUAAGUACUGUAGCAGCAGCUAACGUAUUCAAUACGCCAUCUACCCCAAACUGUUCCUCUAUUUCAUCCGAGACAAAUGAGGGCCACACUAAUACCACUCAUGAGGAUGCAGAGGCCGGGGAAGUACUAGAUCAUCAGGACCAACAACACACCAACACGAAACAACACAGGUUGAAAGCGAAGAAAACAGUUAGUCAGAAGAAGCAGAGAGAGCCGAGAUUUGCAUUCAUGACAAAGAGUGAGGUUGAUUUUCUGGAAGAUGGUUACAGAUGGAGAAAAUAUGGUCAAAAAGCUGUCAAAAACAGCCCAUUUCCCAGGAACUAUUAUCGCUGCACAAGCGCAACUUGCAAUGUAAAGAAGAGAGUAGAGCGAUGCUUCAGUGACCCAAGCAUAGUGGUUACUACCUACGAAGGAAAACAUACCCAUCUAAGUCCCAUGAAUACGAUCAUGCCCCGCCCUAGCUGCUAUCCAAUUACUCCAGUACCCGCUUCACCUGGUGCCUUCCCUUUGCCGAUGCAGUUCAAUAUUAAUCAGUCCUUCAACAACUUGACAAGUUCUUUAGCCAUGAAUAAUCAGCUUGAUCAUGCUGCUUUUGUUGCUCAAGGAAGGCGCUUUUGCACUUCCGAAAUGCUGGGAGACGAGGGGCUUCUUCAGGAUCUUAUGCCCUCCACGUUGAUUAAAGAAAAUUACAGAUGAUGUAUAUUUUAAUGAUGCAGUCUUAAUGUAUAGAGGAUAAUCAGUUAAAUAAUUAGCAUCUAGUACUAUAUGCGUUAUAGUACUUUCUUUAAUUAUUAGCUAGUGGUACUCUUUUGCAUUUCUAAUAUAUUCAUGCAAAACUUUCAGAAACCUUAUGGCUCUAACAAUGGCAUUUUCGGAUCCUCUA